CCCGCAGGCGGGUUUUAAAGAAGAGGAGACGUUACAGUGUCAACACCGAGAGAGAGGAGGCAGCUGGGUCUGGCCCUUUCCAUUCCAUGGCGCUCCCUCAUGCCUUCUCACUACGAGAUGCUUCUCUUCUCAGCGGUAUAGAGCCCCUUCCUCUGUCCUCGCCUCCAUCUCCUCACCGUUCCUUCACUAACCCCUCCUCGCCUCCACCUGCCCUCUUCUCCCCUUCCACCAUCCGACGCGCCGCUUCUUCCGAAGUCACCGCUCAGCUAUACGCCUCCCUGAGACGAAGCCGAGAGCUGGAUGAAGAGGAGAGGGACGUGGAACCCAAACGUUCGACCUCUGCAGAGCAGGAACCGGUUGAAGGUUCUACCAUGAACUCCGAGGAGGACAGCCUCGCCGAUGAAAUGUCACGCAGGCUGCAGGAAGGCAUAGAGGCAUCUGGGCGAAAGGAAGCGUCUUCCUACAUCUCUCAGAUGGAAUCGUUGAGGGGUCACCUGAAAAACAUGCUGACCCUGGGUAGUGCAUUGACAGUACAUGGUGACAUUCCGGAUAAGGCUCUGGAGCAACACAGCGACUGCACAAGCACCCUGCUGAGUGCCCGGCCUGCACGGGACCUCUCUCCACCACUAUCUCUUACUGGUCUGGAGGGUCUCUUCCCUCGUUACUCAACGCUGUAUAAUGCUGCACCCCUCCUCCCCGAUCUGCAGCUCAGAGACGCUCUAGAGAAGGAGACCGCACGACGCAAGCAUCUGGAGCGACACAUCCAAAACCUGCAGAACGAGAUGCUGGAAUUGCAGCAAAGACUGUCCGUCUCCCUGACCGCCGACCACAGAAAGGACGCCAUGAUCCAGCAGCUGGACCAGACUCUGGCUAUGGUGGUGGGGGGCUGGAAGCAGCAGGAGCAUCAGCGCGAGGAGGUCGUCAGUCAUCUAAAACAGGAGAAGGAGGAAGCAGAGCGAGCCAGAUCAAAAGAUCAGAAGGCACUAAAUCAGGUGCAGCAGGAGCUGGCCGAGGUGCUGGAGUCCCUGGAGAGGGAGAAGCACGCAUCAGACGAUCGCCAACUAGAACUGCAGAGACAGGUCGAUGAGCAGGCCACCAGAGUCGCCCAGCUGGAGGCUGAACAGGAGGCCGAGGAAGAGGACCGAACGAAGGAACGCAGAGAGCUGGACUCGCUCCAAUACAGAAUGCAGAAUCGGCAAAAGGCCUGGGAAGAAAGGGAGAGAGAGCUGCAGGAGGAGUGCAGGAGAGUCCAGGAGGAAGGGACGGCAGAGCUGGAGAAGGAGAAGGCUCUGACCCAGCAGGAGACCCAGAGGUCUCAGCAGUUGCAGCUGGCUCUGUCCUCCCUGCAAAGUGAUGUCCUGCGCUUGGAGAGAGACCUGCAGACAUCGCAUCGGGAGAGAGAUACUCUGCUGAUGGAGCUCAACCUAGAGAAGGCGCGUAAUGAGUCCGAGAAGGUGCGGCUAGAAAGCGAACACAAAAUGCGAUUGGAGGAGGAGAUAACGGAGAGACUGGCCACUAUCCAUGAAGACAGCGCUCAGCACUUGUACAGUGUGAGAGAGCAGAACAGGAAACAGUUGCUAGAUCUCGCUUCACAGCACGAGGCUGAGCUGUCCAACCAGCUGUCCCAGUUCAAGUCAGAAUUUCAGGAGCGAGAGAGACGUCACCGUGAGAUCAUCAUGGACUAUGAGCACAAGUGA